GAAUAAAGCUUAAACGAAAUAUUCUAGCAUCUUUUAUUUCUUAAUUCUCCACUUUCUGAAUGACUAUUUUUCUGAUCGAAGUUUGUUUAUAUCUACUAACGACAUCGAUGGAGUUGAAGUUAAUAUUUAAACUGUCUAAUCUGUGAUUCGCGACACACAUUGCGAAAAAAGAUGGUGGUCUCAAACGAGCAAAUUUUCAAGGAAGUUUGCGAGAUACUCAAGCCAUUCGACCUGUCUGUGGUUGAUUAUGAGGAAAUUUGCCAUCGGAUGGAUGAAUCAAUGCGUAUGGGUUUGAAAAAGAGUACAAAUGCAGAAUCAUCCAUUAAAAUGUUUCCAUCCUACGUUACAAAAACUCCGAACGGGACAGAAACCGGAAACUUUUUGGCUUUGGACCUUGGUGGAACGAAUUAUCGAGUGCUAUCUGUGAAUCUUGAAGGUAAGGGGAAACAUCCGAAGAUUCAAGAAAGAACUUAUUGCAUCCCCGCCGAAAAGAUGACAGGUUCCGGCAAGGAGCUUUUUAGAUAUAUUGCUGAAACACUGUCUGACUUUCUGGAAAAUAACGGGAUUAAGGACAAAAAAUUUGAACUGGGAUUCACAUUUUCUUUUCCAUGUGUGCAAAAAGGUCUCACUCAUGCUACUUUGGUUAGGUGGACAAAAGGUUUUUCUGCAGAUGGGGUAGAAGGUUGUAAUGUUGCUAAGAUGUUGCAAGAUGAGCUUGAUAAACUUGACCUAAAUGUAAAAUGUGUUGCAGUUGUAAAUGAUACUGUUGGUACGCUUGCUUCUUGUGCUCUUGAAGACUCAAAAUGUGCUGUUGGAUUGAUAAUUGGCACAGGAACAAACGUUGCCUAUAUCGAGGACUCUUCAAAAGUUGAGCUAAUGGAAAAUAAGGACGAACCCGAAGUUGUCAUAAACACAGAAUGGGGUGCGUUUGGCGAAAAAGGAGAAUUGGAUAUUUGGAGAACACAGUUUGACAAAUCUUUGGAUAAGGAGAGUCUUCAGCCAGGAAAACAACUAUAUGAAAAAAUGAUAUCUGGUAUGUACCUCGGUGAGCUAGUCCGUUACACCCUUCUCUACCUUAUUGAAGAAAAACUUCUCUUUCGUGGAAAAGUUCCAGAGAGUUUGAAAGUACGUAAUUCUCUGCUAACUAGAUACUUAACGGAUGUUGAAAGAGAUCCUCCUCACCUUCUAUACAACACCUACUAUAUGCUUACCGAAGACCUCUCUGUCCCUGUUGUUGAGCCGAUCGACAACCGCAUUGUACGAUAUGUAUGUGAAAUGGUCGUUAAACGGGCGGCUUACUUAGCUGGUGCAGGUAUUGCUUGCAUUCUUCGAAGAAUUAACCGUUCAGAAGUAACUGUUGGCGUUGACGGCUCUUUGUAUAAAUUUCAUCCGAAGUUUUGUGAACGAAUGACAGAUAUGAUUGAUAAGCUGAAACCAAAAAAUACACGAUUCUGUCUACGUUUAUCUGAAGAUGGAAGUGGGAAAGGUGCAGCAGCCAUAGCAGCGUCAUGUUCACGACAAUAUUAAACAAAUGCACACACAAGAAACUGUUGUUUACAUUUAGCUUUCAUCUGCCUUUUUUACAGUUUGAUACAAUUAUUUGAUCAUUCAGAAUCUAAUCAGCUAUAUAGUUAGCUUCUUCGCUAUGAUUAUUUUACUAUUCUUUGGCAUAUAAAUAUAACCUCAAUUUUGGAUAAAACAGAAUCAUUAUGCUGAAAAAGUCGAAUACAUGUUAAAUGUUUUUCUCGUUAGAUCAUUCAUUAUACGACGUUAGUUCAUGAUUUCGUUCUUUACAUUCAGCCAUUUUCUGGUUACUUCCUAUGACUUCUUCUAUUAUUUGGUUUUUUUCUUUCAUUCGAUUAUACUUCGUAUACAUAGACAUAUAUGUUUUACAAAGAAUUUCUAGUCAAUCAAUAUCAUCAAAGAAACAAGUAUUUUAUAAAUUAUAUAAUUCUAUUUUGCUUUGUUAUACAAAAAGUCAAUAAAACUAUAUACAUUAAAAACAGUUUUAUUCAAUUUCAGCUAUUAUAUAGAAUGCAUAAAAAACUUCUUCUUCUUCAAUGCUAUAACUAUACAUAUAUGUUUAUAACUUUGCUGUUGUAGAGUAUAAUAAAUGAAAAGAAAUUUAAUUAAUUUUAACUUACUCAUAGCUAUAAUUUUUACUUUAUUUUUUGUGUUCUACGUUAAAAAAAAAAGAGAAAACCUACUUAUCUUUUAGUUUUCAUUACUAUUGCUAUUAUUGUUAUUUUUUAAAAUAUUAUCAUCAAUGUAAACAAUCAGAUUUAGUGUAAUUUUGUGUUUUAGGGUAUUGUGAUACAUUUGUUUAACUAUUUAUUUUCUUGUGUGUGUGUGUGUGUUAAUUUUUCGUUGGCUAACUGAACAUAUCUGUGCUAAACAAAGUGAACAAACAAAGAUCUGCUGUAAAUUACAACAUACUUUAAGCAUCGAAAGAAAGUGAUGAAUGUGUAAUCAUUUGUAUUUAUGAGCUAAAUAUAUCUCAUUAUUUUAUGCUAUU